AUGAACUCGGGUGGGGCGAAUGCUUCGCAUGACACGGCCCACUCCGAAGCGCCCGAAUACACCCUCUCUGGCGUGCUGCAUUUCCUGCAGAGCGAAUGGCGGCGCUACGAGCACGACCGCAACAGCUGGGCGAUUGAGCGUGCAGAACUUCGCGCGCGCAUUGCUCUGCUCGAAGGCGAGCGCCGCGGCGUGGAAAAUGUCAAGAACGACCUCCUGCGUCGUAUCAAGAUGCUCGAGUACGCCCUGCGUCAGGAGCGCUUCAAGGGUCUGUCGGGCACUCCGGCCUCGUCUGUGCCUCCGGGAAUCGCCUCGAAGCAGGCGAGCGAGAAGGGCAACGGCACGCCCUCGCCGCAGAACGAGGAGGUGGCACAGGCUGCACCGCCCAGCACUGCUCCGGAAGCGCGUACCAACGGCAACGGUAAUGGAAAGGGGCAGGGCGCAUCGAACAGCAGUGUCAAGCUGCCGCUCGGCGUCAAGGACGCCAAGGGGCGCGCCAAGAGCCGCGCCUACUUGCAGCAGUGCCUGCAAGAGAUCGCGUACCUAACAAGCCCCACGACCCUGAACCCGAUCGCGGACAAGAUCGAGCACGAGGGAGGUGGCGCAGAAGCCGGUCCACCGCGCCCGCGUCUCUCGCUCCUCGAGCACCACGGUCUGUCGAGCGAAGAAAAAGGGGUAUCUGGCACGCCUAUGCCGCAUACCGACGACCCCUUUUCGCGCCUUUCUGUCCCGAAACCCAACGCUACUGCGGGUGUCGGUGAGCGCGAGGCAGCCGACGAGUGUGCCGAUACGCUUGCUGCCAAGCCCGAUGCCGUGCUGGCUGCUGCUGCCCCCGUUUCUGCUACGAAUACCGAGUCGUCCUCUGCCCUCCCCCCCGCCUCUGCCCCUAUUUCUGCCCCUGCCUCUGCCCCAGCCCCUGCGUCUGAGAAUGCUGCUGCCGUCUCUGCGUCGGCCUCUGCCUCGUCUACGUCCUCGGUUCAGCCUCCGAUUAGUGUGCCGGACGUGCAGCUCUGGAAACUAAAAAACACGAUCCAGGCGCACUUUGACUCGGUACGCGCAGUGGUCUUUGACCAGGUCGGCGACCGUCUCUUUACGGCCUCGGACGACUGCACGAUCAAACACUGGAACGUUAAGACCGGUGCAGAGGAAGCCACGCCCGAGCUGCUCACGACGCUGCGUGGUCACCAAGGCGCCGUUACCUGCCUGGUGCUUUCCAAAGAGCAGCAGCGUCUGUACAGUGGCUCGCUUGACUCUACCGUGCGCACAUGGAAGCUGACGGAUGGCGAGGUGCCGAGCAGUGCGUUGGUCGCUGACCAGUCGCAGGCGGUGUGGGAUCUUGCGCUGUUCCCCUACCAUGGACAAGAAGAUGCGCUGCUUGCGACGGCCUCUGCCGACGGCACUGUGAAGUUGUGGUGGACCGACAGUGCGGUGCCUGAGCGUCUGCACCUCAGCUGGGACUACUUUGGCACGCAGCCCGAGGAGAGUGCACAAGCUGAGCGUGCCUCGCUCGGUACGCUGCCCGUCCCGACGUCUGUCACUGCGAUCCCAGCCAAUCUUCGCGUGUGUGCCGUGUCGUUUUCGAACGGUGUCGUAAAGACCUUUUCGCUCGAGACUGGCAAAGAGCUGAAGCGUCUUGCGUCAAAUGUGGCCCCUGGCGAGCAUUCGAAUGCGCAUGCCAAUAUGGUGGUGGCUCACCCUACCCUGCCCCUUGUGGCCACCGCGCAAGAGGACAGCUAUAUCCAUAUGUACGAUGUGAUGACCGGCGCCUGUACACUUUCCCUCCAUGCGCACGGCGACAGUGUGUCGUGCAUUGACAUUGACCCCUCGGGCCUGACGCUCGUCAGUGGCUCGCACGACUGUACUGUGCGCUUCUGGGACAUUGACAACCCCCCCGCGCCGCAGGAUGCGCCUGAGCAAAAGCAGGACAUGCCCACAUGUUCUGCGGUAUGCUUCCAAGAGAUCCAGCCCCAUCAAGUCAAGGCCAACGAAGGCGUGCUGUCUGUUGUAUACCAUCCUACUGCCCCCCUCGUUGCGACGGCGGGUGCAGACGGCACUGUGCGUCUCUUUGGCUAA